GCAGCGGCCGCGGCCGGACGAGCAAUAGCAGCAGCCGUGGCGGCCGCGGGGCGGGGCGUGGCGGUCGGCGACCGCGGCCGGGGCUGCAGGCGGCGGAGCGGCUGGCUUGCCAACACUUGGCGUCACGUGUGAGCCUCGCACAUGUGCCCGCCCUCCAUUCCAGCUCUGUGACUGAACUCUGCUCUUACUGACUAGGGGGCAGUUGGGCAGGCAUGCUUCAUUCCUGGAAUUGACAGUCAUUCCAUUUUUGAACACUAACACUGAAUCAGCACUUCUAAAGCCCUGCCUUCUCCCACUGGCUGCCCUUGGCCUUCAGACACAAUGAGGAGACUGGCUUUUCGGGGAGCUGGUUGUGCUCUGGUAAAGCUGAAGAAGUUGGAUUCCAUGGGUUCCAAAAGAAGAAGAGCUACCUCCCCUUCCAGCAGUGUCAGUGGGGACUUUGAUGACGGGCACCAUUCUGUGUCCACACCAGGCCCGAGCCGGAAGAGGAGAAGACUCUCCAACCUUCCAACUGUAGAUCCUAUUGCUGUGUGCCAUGAGCUCUACAACACUAUCCGAGACUAUAAGGAUGAGCAGGGCAGACUCCUUUGUGAGCUCUUCAUUAGGGCUCCCAAGCGAAGAAAUCAGCCAGACUACUAUGAAGUGGUUUCUCAGCCCAUUGACCUGAUGAAAAUCCAGCAGAAACUGAAAAUGGAAGAGUAUGAUGAUGUGAAUUUGCUCACUGCUGACUUUCAGCUGCUUUUCAACAAUGCAAAGGCCUAUUAUAAGCCGGAUUCUCCGGAAUACAAAGCUGCUUGCAAACUCUGGGAUUUAUACCUUCGGACAAGAAAUGAGUUUGUUCAGAAAGGAGAAGCAGAUGAUGAAGAUGAUGAUGAAGAUGGGCAGGACAAUCAAGGCACAGUUACUGAAGGAUCUUCCCCAGGUUAUUUGAAGGAGAUAUUGGAGCAGCUUCUUGAAGCCAUAGUUGUGGCAACAAACCCGUCUGGGCAUCUUAUUAGUGAACUUUUUCAGAAACUGCCUUCUAAAGUGCAAUAUCCAGACUAUUAUGCAAUAAUUAAGGAGCCUAUAGAUCUGAAGACCAUUGCACAGAGGAUACAGAAUGGAACCUACAAAAGUAUUCAUGCAAUGGCCAAAGAUAUAGAUCUCCUAGCAAAAAAUGCCAAAACAUACAACGAGCCCGGCUCUCAAGUGUUCAAGGAUGCAAAUUCAAUUAAAAAAAUAUUUUACAUGAAAAAGGCGGAAAUUGAACAUCAUGAAAUGACAAAGUCAAGUCUUCGAAUAAGGACUUCAUCACAUUUGGCUGCAGCCAGACUGACAGGUCCUGCACAUAGUAAAAGCAGCCUUAGUGAAGAGAGAAAUUCCACUAGCAAGUAUUACCGGAAUAAAAGAACAGUGCAAGGGGGUCGUUUAUCAGCAAUUACCAUGGCACUUCAGUAUGGCUCAGAGAGUGAAGAGGAUGCUGCUCUAGCUGCUGCACGUUAUGAAGAAGGAGAGUCAGAAGCAGAGAGCAUCACUUCUUUCAUGGAUGUUUCAAAUCCUUUUUAUCAGCUUUAUGACACAGUUAGGAGCUGUCGGAAUAAUCAGGGGCAGCUCAUAGCUGAACCCUUUUUCCAUUUGCCUUCAAAGAAAAAGUACCCUGAUUAUUAUCAGCAAAUUAAAAUGCCCAUAUCACUACAACAGAUCAGAACAAAGCUAAAGAACCAAGAAUAUGAAACUUUAGAUCAUUUGGAGUGUGACCUGAAUUUAAUGUUUGAAAAUGCCAAACGCUAUAAUGUUCCCAAUUCGGCCAUCUACAAGCGGGUUCUAAAAUUACAGCAAGUCAUGCAGGCAAAGAAGAAGGAGCUCGCGAGAAGGGACGACAUUGAGGACGGAGACAGCAUGAUCUCGUCAGCCACCUCUGACACUGGUAGUGCCAAAAGAAAAAGUAAAAAGAACAUAAGAAAGCAGCGAAUGAAAAUCUUAUUCAAUGUUGUUCUUGAAGCUCGAGAGCCAGGUUCAGGCAGAAGACUUUGUGAUCUGUUCAUGGUCAAACCAUCCAAAAAGGACUAUCCUGAUUAUUAUAAAAUCAUCUUAGAGCCAAUGGACCUAAAAAUAAUUGAGCAUAACAUCCGCAAUGACAAAUAUGCAGGAGAAGAGGGAAUGAUAGAAGACAUGAAGUUGAUGUUCCGAAAUGCCAGACACUACAAUGAGGAGGGCUCCCAGGUAUAUAAUGAUGCCCAUAUCCUGGAGAAGUUACUCAAGGAUAAAAGGAAAGAGCUGGGCCCACUUCCUGACGACGAUGACAUAGCUUCUCCCAAACUCAAGCUAAGUAGGAAGAGUGGCAUUUCUCCUAAAAAAUCAAAAUACAUGACUCCUAUGCAGCAGAAACUAAAUGAAGUUUAUGAAGCUGUGAAGAACUACACUGAUAAGCGAGGCCGCCGCCUCAGUGCCAUAUUUCUGAGACUCCCCUCCAGAUCGGAGCUGCCUGACUAUUAUCUCACCAUCAAAAAGCCCAUGGACAUGGAAAAAAUUCGAAGUCACAUGAUGGCCAACAAGUACCAAGAUGUAGACUCUAUGGUAGAAGACUUUGUCAUGAUGUUUAACAACGCCUGUACAUACAACGAACCUGAGUCUUUGAUCUACAAAGAUGCCCUUGUCUUACACAAAGUCCUGCUUGAAACUCGGAGAGACCUGGAGGGAGAUGAAGACUCCCAUGUCCCGAAUGUGACCUUACUAAUCCAAGAGCUUAUCCACAAUCUUUUUGUGUCAGUCAUGAGCCAUCAGGAUGAUGAGGGAAGAUGCUACAGUGACUCCCUAGCAGAAAUUCCUGCGGUGGAUCCUAACUUUCCAACCAAACCUCCCCUUACUUUCGACAUAAUUAGAAAAAAUGUUGAAAAUAAUCGCUACCGGCGGCUUGAUUUAUUUCAGGAACAUAUGUUUGAAGUAUUAGAAAGGGCAAGAAGGAUGAAUCGGACAGAUUCUGAAAUCUAUGAGGAUGCUGUAGAACUUCAGCAGUUCUUUAUUAAGAUCCGUGAUGAACUCUGCAAAAAUGGGGAGAUCCUCCUUUCACCAGCACUCAGCUAUACCACAAAACAUUUACAUAAUGAUGUAGAGAAAGAAAAAAAGGAAAAAUUACCAAAAGAAAUGGAAGAAGAUAAGCUUAAGCGAGAAGAAGAAAAAAGAGAAGCUGAAAAGAGUGAAGAUUCCUCGGGUGCUGCAGCCCUCUCGGGCUUACAUCGCACUUACAGCCAGGACUGCAGCUUUAAGAACAGCAUGUACCAUGUUGGAGAUUAUGUCUAUGUGGAACCUGCAGAAGCCAACCUACAGCCACAUAUAGUCUGCAUUGAGAGACUGUGGGAAGAUUCAGCAGGUGAAAAAUGGUUAUAUGGCUGUUGGUUUUAUCGGCCAAACGAAACAUUCCACCUGGCUACACGAAAAUUUCUAGAAAAGGAGGUUUUUAAGAGUGAUUAUUACAAUAAAGUUCCUGUUAGUAAAAUUCUAGGCAAAUGUGUGGUCAUGUUUGUCAAGGAAUACUUUAAAUUAUGCCCAGAAAACUUUCGAGAUGAGGAUGUUUUUGUCUGUGAAUCACGGUAUUCUGCCAAAACCAAAUCUUUUAAAAAAAUUAAACUGUGGACCAUGCCCAUCAGCUCAGUUCGGUUUGUCCCUCGGGAUGUACCCCUGCCUGUGGUUCGAGUGGCCUCCGUAUUUGCAAAUGCAGAUAAAGGGGAUGAUGAGAAGAACACAGAUAAUUCAGAAGACAGUCGUGCUGAAGACAGUCUUAACUUGGAAAAGGAAAAGGAAGAUGUGCCUGUGGAAAUGCCCAAUGGUGAGCCCGGUUGCCAUUACUUUGAGCAGCUCCGUUAUAAUGACAUGUGGCUGAAGGUUGGAGACUGUGUCUUCAUCAAGUCCCAUGGUCUAGUACGCCCUCGUGUAGGCAGAAUUGAAAAAGUGUGGGUCCGAGAUGGAGCUGCAUAUUUUUAUGGUCCCAUCUUCAUUCACCCAGAAGAAACAGAACAUGAACCCACAAAAAUGUUCUACAAAAAAGAAGUGUUCCUGAGUAAUCUGGAAGAAACCUGCCCCAUGACAUGUAUUCUGGGAAAGUGUGCUGUGUUGUCAUUCAAGGACUUCCUCUCCUGCAGGCCAACUGAAAUAUCAGAAAAUGAUGUCCUGCUAUGUGAGAGCCGCUACAAUGAAAGCGACAAGCAGAUGAAAAAAUUCAAGGGCUUGAAGAGGUUUUCACUCUCUGCUAAAGUGGUAGAUGAUGAAAUUUACUACUUCAGAAAACCAAUUGUUCCUCAGAAGGAACCCUCUCCUUUGUUGGAAAAGAAGAUCCAGUUGCUUGAAGCUAAAUUUGCAGAGUUAGAAGGUGGAGAUGAUGAUGCUGAAGAGCUGGGGGAAGAAGAUAGUGAGGUCAUUGAGCCUCCUGCUCUACCUCAGCUUCAGACUUCCCUGGCCAGCGAGCUGGACCUCAUGCCCUACACUCCCCCACAGUCUACCCCAAAGUCUGCCAAAGGCAGUGCAAAGAAAGAAAGCUCCAAACGGAAAAUCAACAUGAGUGGCUAUAUCCUGUUCAGCAGUGAGAUGAGAGCUGUGAUUAAGGCCCAGCAUCCAGACUACUCUUUUGGGGAGCUCAGCCGACUGGUGGGGACAGAAUGGAGAAACCUUGAGACGGCCAAGAAAGCAGAAUAUGAAGAGCGGGCAGCUAAAGUUGCUGAGCAGCAGGAGAGAGAGCGAGCAGUACAGCAACAGCAGCCGAGUGCUUCUCCCCGAGCAGGCACCCCUGUGGGGGCUCUCAUGGGGGUGGUGCCACCACCAACACCAAUGGGGAUGCUCAAUCAGCAGUUGACACCUGUUGCAGGCAUGAUGGGUGGCUAUCCGCCAGGCCUUCCACCUUUGCAGGGCCCAGUUGAUGGCCUUGUUAGCAUGGGCAGCAUGCAGCCACUUCACCCUGGGGGGCCUCCACCCCACCAUCUUCCGCCAGGUGUGCCUGGCCUUCCAGGCAUCCCACCACCGGGUGUGAUGAACCAAGGAGUGGCCCCUAUGGUAGGGACUCCAGCUCCAGGUGGAAGUCCAUAUGGACAACAGGUGGGAGUUUUGGGACCACCUGGGCAGCAGGCACCACCUCCAUAUCCUGGCCCACAUCCUGCUGGCCCCCCUAUCAUACAGCAGCCAACAACACCCAUGUUUGUGGCUCCUCCACCGAAGACCCAACGACUUCUCCACUCAGAGGCCUACCUUAAAUACAUUGAAGGACUCAGUGCUGAGUCCAACAGCAUUAGCAAGUGGGACCAGACGCUGGCAGCUCGAAGACGCGAUGUCCAUUUGUCCAAAGAGCAGGAGAGCCGCUUGCCCGCUCACUGGCUGAAAAGCAAAGGGGCCCAUACCACCAUGGCAGAUGCCCUCUGGCGCCUUCGGGAUUUGAUGCUCCGAGACACCCUCAACAUCCGCCAAGCAUACAACCUUGAAAAUGUUUAGUCACAUCCCUACGUUUCUUUUAUAGAAGCAUACAGAGUUGUGGAACAGUAGCCAUUUUAGUUACUGGGGGUGGGGGAAGGAACAAAGGCUGAUAAUUUUUAUUGCAUUUUACUGUACAUCACAAGGCCAUUUUUAUAUACGGACACUUUUAAUAAGCUAUUUCAAUUUGGUUUUUGUUAUAUUAAGUUGACUUUAUCAAAUACACAAAGAUUUUUUUGCAUAUGUUUCCUUCGUUUAAAACCAGUUUCAUAAUUGGUUGUAUAUGUAGCCUGGGAGUUUUAUCUUUUUACUUGUUGCCAUGGAACUGAAACCAUCGAAGGUUUUUGUCUUGGCUUGGGAUUCUUGUUGUGUUUUUUGGGGGGUGGGGGGAGGAGGUGGUUUUUUCUUUUUUUAUAAACAAACAAAAUGGAAAAAAAAUCACAAGAGUUUACAGAUUAGUUUAAGUUGACAAAGAAAUGUGAAGUUGAUCCUAGUUUACAUCAUAGAGAGGGGAGUGUACUUCAGUGUCUGUUUCAUGUGCCUGAAGCUCUUAAGCCACUUUCCACUAAAGCAGUUUCUUCCAGGUGACAUGAAGUGCUUUCUUUGAAAGGUGGUCAUUCUGAUUGCAGGUGUAGACAGGCAGCAUGUUUGCCCUGUGCUCUCUCAGGCUCCCUACGCAAAGCUGGGGCCUGGGCUCCGCAUCCGCCGAGAGCCAGUGUAGCUAGACACGGGGUGCUUGGUCUGGUGCUGAGGAAGGCUUCUCUGCUAGCAGUGAUUUUUGCAGAACGUGCUCACCUGAAUGAUAUUUAGCCCAGCAGGUAAGUUUAAAGGUACUUUUGAUCUGUUUAUAGUGAAUUCACAGUUUAUGCCUAUACAUGCUAGAUGAUUUUAUAUUUUAAAUCUGUUACAUUGAAAAACAUUAAUCUUCAAGCAUUGAGGUGUGCCUGGAGGUGAUUUAUUUUUAAAGUUCACACCUAACCUAACCUCAAAAAGGGAGUAUAUAAUUGGAUAUGAGCUAUGUCUGGAGGAUAAUUGUGGGACUGUAGAUUGCCUGCAUAUGCAACUAUGUUUUGUUUUAUUUCCUUGUUAUCCAAUGUGGCUUUGUUUUUGUUUUUGUUUUUUUUCAUGUAAAUUUCAGGGUUCUGAUUCCUGACCAGAGUUUAAUUAUUUUCUUCUAAAAAAAAUUUUUUUUAAUUUAGCUUAUGCUUUUGAAUUACAGAGAAAGGAGUAAUAAUUUAAGAAAUGCUCUCUAAAAAUACCAUACCAUAUCCCACACACCUGGGUUUGGUGACCAUGUCUUUCUAUACAGCCCUAGAAUAAACAUCUGGAAGCAGUGGGGAACACGCAGUAGUGUUUAACUUGGUGGUAUGUUUUGGAGACUGACCUCAUUGUGACAGGGUGGUUGCCAUGGUGGUGAAGCUUCCAUUGCUCUUUCUCAAUUGAGAGACUCUCAAAGGAUACUAUUUUCCUUUUAAUAUGCUAUGAAUCAAUACCCGGAUGUGUAAUUAUCGUAUUUACUAAAUCAUGAGGGCAAAGGGUGUAGAAUGGGGAAAAGUCUCUUGUAUUAAAUGUUACUUUAAAUACAAGAGACCCUUGUAACUUAACUGCCUUUAGUCAACCACUGGAUCUCAAUUUGCAUCACGUAUUUUAAGCAGUUUUGGAUUUUUAAAAAUACAUUACAAGAGUAGUGUCAAUACCUUAUUGUUAAACUCAAUCAGAUUAAGAAAUCUUCAGUUCUUGGUUAUUUGGGCCAUUGAAUCAUCAUGGAGUAAGAGUCUUUUCUUUCUAGACACCCUUGAAUUACACCAAAGAACAUAAUUUUGUUAAAUUAUUUAUUUAUUUCCUGCAUUUAUUUCCCUUUUUAAGGUCUGGAUGAGACUUUUUGGGGAGCCUCUAUAAACUCUUCCCUGUGGGCCACAUGGGGCAUUAGAAACCAGAGCACUCCAGGCUCCUUGCCAGUGUCUCCAGGUGCUGUGGGAACCGUGGGGCCAGCCAGGGCAUUCCCUGAGACAUUGCAGAGCCGGCCCAGGGCACUAGAAGGCAGGCCCUGAUUAAAUGUUUUUUAAAAAUGUAAAAAAAGGAAAAAAAAGGAAAAGAAAAAAAAAACUUGCGUAUUUAUUUUAGAAUCAUGUCUUUCUGCAUACUAACCUGGAGAAUAUCAAUUAGCGUUUAAGAUAUGAGAUUUGAGACCGACCAGCCAUCUUCCCAAAAAAAAAAAAGAAAGAAAAGUAAGUAUUCUGACUUCAGAAAGUACAAGUAAACUACAUCGUUUCUUCAUUAAUUUUAGGAAUUGUAGUAAUGUGGCUUAGAUAGUAUAAUGGCCUAAAUGUUUUCAAAGUUUAAGUUCCUGUGGAGAAUUUUGUUAUAUGCAGGAAAACCUAUAGGUUUAAAAUAGUCUAUUUUGUCAGCCAAGAUUUAAAGGGCCUUUAACUGUUUUUGUUUUUUCUUACCUCUCCUUCCCUUCCUAUGAGGAAGAAUGGAAGGGGGGAGGAGGACAUUUAUUUGUGUAAAAUCCCCAAAUUGGUGUUCAUUGACUUUCAGCUUGAAGGUUUUCAGACCUGAUUAAAAUUUGGUUUAUUCUAAUUUCUGUAUCAUCUUCUUUGGAGGCUUAAGUGGUAAUUAGUCUUAUAACAUGUAUGUAUCAUAUGUUUGUUCAUCUAAAGCUUUUUAAUCCAAAUAAAAAUGGAGUUUGCAAAGUGA